CGUUGUUCCUCGCUGCUGGUGAACACAGGUUUUCUUUCUUUAGUUUUGUUUAUUUUUUAACCUAGGGCACGGAGAGCGGAGGCCAGUGAUUGGCUUUCAGAGUCCUGUGACCUUCGGAGGACUCUAGGAUGGCAGGAGUGGAGGGCAGGAGCUCGGGGACUGCCACACAGGCCAGCCCCACGCCUGCCUCGACUCAGGGAAAAGUUGUCUGUUGUAUGACGACUAAAGCUGAAAAACCCACGCUCCAGGGGCAGCGCAUUAAGACCAGGAAGAGAGAUGAGAAAGCCAAGUACGACCCUGUUGGGUUUCGUGAUGCCAUAUUGCAGGGUCUCUCAGAAGCAGGCUCAGAUCUAGAGGCAGUCAACAAAUACCUCGACCAGGCAGGAUCCAAACUCAAGUACCGAACCUACGGCGAAACUCUCUUUGACAUCCUCAUUGCUGGCGGCAUCCUCACCCCGGGCGGUGGCAUCUCGGAGGAUGGCAUCGACAGUGGGCCAGUCCGCACUGACAUGUGCAUCUUUGGUUCCCCGGACGACAGCUACGAGACUCUUCGUGGCUACGCAGCUGUGUUCACCAGGCUGAUGAGGCGAUACAAGUACCUCGAAAAGAUGUUUUAUGAAGAAAUGAAGAAGGUCCUGGUGUACCUGAAAGGCUUCCGUGAAGGGGACCGUGUGCGCCUGGCCCGCUGUGUGGCCAUCUGGACCAGCGACUCCCUGCUGGACCCCAAGGUGCUCACCACGCUGCUGCAGGACCACCUCGUCAAGGAUGGCCUGGCCGCUGACUUCCUGUGCGAGGUCCUGCUCACUGCCAAAAACCUCCGAGACAUCACAACCGUUCGCUCCCUCCUGCGUAAGGCUGGGCUGGACUCACGCCUCAUGGAGUUUCUGCAGGCCAACAAACGCACUGAUGAGAACUUCAAGAACCUGUUUCAGCAGAAGGGCCUGGAGGAGAUCUUGGGCAUUCACAGAAGUUUGGAGAAGGAGACGAGCCUGAAGGAGCUGCAGACCUACCUGACGCAACAGGUGAACGAGGGGGCCAGCGUGCGGGAGAUCACUGUCGGAGUGCAGGAGAUUGCUAAGAAAAACAACAUUUUGGAGCCACAAGUUAUUUCAGCGAUUUGGAGCAGUGUGAUGGAGGCAGUGGAGUGGAACAAGAAGGAGGAGCUUGUGGCAGACCAGGCCCUUAAGCACCUAAGGGUUUAUGCUCCACUCUUCGCCGCCAACACGCAGAGUGACCGCGCCGAGCUGACCCUCUUGGUGAAGGUUCAGGAAUUCUGCUACGACAAUAUGAACUUCAUGAAGGUUUUCCAGAAGAUUGUCGUGCUCUUCUAUAGAUCGGAGGUCCUGUCGGAAGAGGUGAUCUUGAAGUGGUACAAGGACGGACACGCUACAAAGGGGAAGUCUAUAUUCCUUGAUCAGCUGAAGAAAUUUGUUGAGUGGCUGAAUAAUGCCGAGGAAGAAUCAGAGGAGUCCGAGGAGGAGGAGGAAGAUUAAGAUGCCCUGCCUAACCCACUCAGGAUUUGAGCAAUCUUCAGCCUCCCUGCCACUGCUGCUGCUAACUGCUGCCACACCAACAGCAUCUGCGCCUCACUAAGGGAGACCAAACAACCUUCUCUGAAUCAGCCCUGUCUCCCUCUGUCUGUCUGUCUGUCUGUAUCUCUU